CUCCGGCGGACGGAGCCCCGCGGGCACCAUGAGCGGUUCACAGAGCAACGACACUAAAAGACAGUUUCUUCUAGAACGGUUACUGGAUGCAGUUAAACAGUGUCAAAUACGGUUUGGAGGAAGAAAAGAAAUUGCUUCAGACUCUGAUAGCAGAGUGACCUGUUUGUGUGCUCAGUUUGAAGCUGUUUUCCAGCAUGGCCUGAGGAGGAGCCGGGGAUUAGCACUGACAGCAGCAGCAAUCAAACAGGCAGCAGGUUUCUCCAGCAAAACUGAAACAGAGCCAGUGUUCUGGUACUAUGUGAAAGAAGUGCUGAACAGACACGAGCUGCAGCGCUUCUACUCUCUGAAAGCCAUCAGCACAGACAUCGGCAGAGGCCGGGCUUGGCUGCGCUGUGCUUUGAACGAGCAUUCCCUGGAAAGAUACGUUCAUAUGCUGCUGGCAGAUAAGAACCGCCUCAGUGUCUUCUAUGAAGACUGGUCUUUUAUGAUGGAUGAAGAACGUUCCAGUAUGAUCCCUACAAUGGCAGCUGGUCUGAACUCCAUUCUUUUUGCUAUCAACAUUGAUAAUAAGGAUUUAAAUGGGCAGAGCAAAUGCACGCCCACUGUGUCAGAUUUGUUAAAGGAAUCCACACAAAAUGUAACUUCGUUACUGAAAGAGUCCACUCAGGGUGUGAGCAGCCUCCUCCGGGAGAUCACUGCCUCGUCUGCAGUCUCAAUUCUCAUAAAACCUGACCAGGACUCUGACCCACUGCCUGUUCUGUCCAGGAAUGUAAAUGCUGAUUUGAAAUACAAAAAAGAUCGGAAAAAGAAGAAGAGAGUGACUAAUAUUAUCUCUUUUGAUGAAGAGGAAGAUGAGCAACACUUGGGGGAUGGCACAAAGACUCUGAUUACAGGAGAAAGUUCAGAGGAGAGCGUAGACAGAUCUUCAGUUCUUGCAUUGUCCUCAUCUGAAAGCACUCUCGGAAAAAAUCUGAAUGGGAGUGGAAGCAACCACUCGUGGAAGGGCAAUUCAGUAUUCAUGAAUGGAGAGUAUGAGUACCAGAAACUGGAUGUGAAGAGCAUUGAUGAUGAAGAUGCAGAUGAGGAUGAGCUGUAUGGAAAAUCAUUAGGAAAUAAAAGCACAGAGAGUGGAACUGAAGCUUCUGAAAAGCCUCACGAAAUAGUCACAUGCAAUUCUCAGAUAUGCAGUUGGAGUCCUCUGCAGGUCCUGAAUGAUGACUCAGAUGUUCUAUUUCCUGUCAGUGCUGUUGGCUCUUACUCCCAAACAGAUAACUUGGAGAAUGGAGAGGGGCAUGAACAUGCUGUUCAUCCGGUAGAACUGGUUCCAAGGAGAUCUGAUCUUCCUUACAGAGUGGAAGUCAGUCCUCCAGCUCAAGUGAAUACUUUAAUCAGUAUGUUGCCUUCAGCCACUGUGCCAGAAUCCAUGACAAUUAAUGAACUUCGUCAAGCUAUCGUGGCCAUGAUGAAUAGAAAGGAUGAACUGGAAGAGCAGAAUAGAUCCCUGCGAAAUCUGCUUGAUGCAGAGAUGGAGCACUCUGCAGCACUGAGGCAGGAGGUGGAGAACUGCAGGAGGAAGGUGGCAGAACAGGAAGAGCGACAUGCCACAAAAGUCCAAGCCUUGGCACGAGAAAAUGAGGUGCUAAAAGUGCAGCUUAAGAAGUAUGUAGGAGCUGUCCAGAUGCUCAGAAGAGAAGGACAAACAGUGGAAGUUUUGCCAAACAUUUGGAACACUGAUGGUGAAUUUACAAUUCCAGAGCAAAAGCAAGUAGAAAACAAUGAGGAACUGGCCAGCUCUUACGAAAGGAAAUUGAUUGAGGUGGCUGAAAUGCAUGGGGAGUUGAUUGAAUUCAAUGAGAGGCUGCACCGUGCUCUGAUGGCCAAGGAAGCUCUGGUGUUCCAGAUGAGACAAGAACUAAUUGAUCUGAGAGGGCCGGUCCCUGGAGAUUUGAGUCAAACAUCUGAAGAUCAGAGUUUAUCAGAUUUUGAAAUAUCAAAUCGUGCUCUUAUUAAUGUUUGGAUUCCCUCCGUUUUUCUGCGUGGAAAAGCUGCCAAUGCAUUCCAUGUUUAUCAGGUUUAUAUCAGGAUAAAGGACGAUGAGUGGAAUGUCUAUCGAAGGUAUGCAGAGUUCAGAAGCUUGCAUCAUAAAUUACAGAAUAAGUACCAGCAAGUGAGGACUUUCAACUUCCCACCAAAAAAGGCCAUUGGAAACAAGGAUGCAAAGUUUGUAGAAGAGCGACGCAAGCAGCUACAAAAUUACCUAAGGAAUGUAAUGAACAAAAUUAUUCAAACAGUGCCAGAAUUCACAGCCAAUCCCAAAAAAGAGACACUUAUUCAGCUGAUGCCCUUUUUUCUUGAUAUCCCACCCUCUGGAGAACCCGUGAGCAAAAGCAGUCGCUCCAGAGUGACCACCCGCUUCCCCAAACUGUCCCGCAGCCACCCAAAGGAGCCCCGGAGCCUGGAGCCUCAGAGUGGAAAUAAUUCACAGAUUUAAGUACUUAUUCAGCAAGCCACAAAUGAUUGCACCUUCAGAGUGGCUGAGCAGCCUUUUCAGAUAUGCAAAGAGACUAAUGAUAACCCACUACCUCAUUUGAAGAUGCAGAACAGCCACCUCCCUCACCAAGACAGGGCUGAAACCCGAACAGAGGAGCAGGGGCACAGAUCAACGCUGUCCGCUUUCGGAGCCCGCUGUCAGGCAGUCGGUGAGCUCGCAGGCGGCGGCCCGGGUGGCACUGGCCGCAGUGAGGGGACAGAAGGGACGGGCAGGGAGCGCCUUCAGCGCCGCUCCGCAGGGAGCCGAGCCCUCCCUCAGCUGCCUGGAGCAGCUUCGUGCCCUUCAGCCGCUCUCUUCGCCAGCCGAAUUCUGGGUUUCGGGCUUUGCCGCGAGCCUUCCUCCCUGCACAAAACAUCUGCCACUUCUUUGGCUGCGGAGGGGUUUUCUUUUCUGAAAGGUCACCUCAGCUCCCAGCAGGCAGCCGCUGCCCCCGGCCAGCCCCCGCCUCAGCCGCCCAGCCCGAGCUGGGGGAAGCCGGCGGCCUCCGCAGGGGAUGUGGACUGCCAGCAGCUCCGGGAAACGCGGCUUAGAGCAGAUCCCGGGGCUCCCGCCUCGCAGCGUCUCACAGGCGUCGUGGGAGUGUGCUCGUGUUUCCCUCACAACCGGCUGGGUGCCGUGCCCGGGUUUGCCUCACAGGGGGCCGGGGUUGUCCCGGGGUGCCCGGGUUUGCCUCACAGGGGCCCGGGGUUGUCCCGGGGUGCCCGGGUUUGCCUCACAGGGGGCCGGGGUUGUUCCGGGGUGCCCGGGUUUGCCUCACAGGGGCCCGGGGUUGUGCCGGGGUGCCCGGGUUUGCCUCACAGGGGGCCGGGGUUGUCCCGGGGUGCCCGGGUUUGCCUCACAGGGGCCCGGGGCUGUCCCGGGGUGCCCGGGUUUGCCUCACAGGGGCCCGGGGCUGUCCCGGGGUGCCCGGGUUCGUCUCAGGAAGGUGUUCCCAGCCCCCGUAGCGGCCGGCUGGGGGCGGCCCCUCGGGGGGAACGGGCCGGGCAGUUCCUAGAACGUUCUGAGGGCCUGGCUCGGCCUGGCCGUGCCCUGAGGCGCUCUGACUUCCCCUGGCAUGGAGGACCUUCGUAG